AUGCUGUUGAGGUAUCUGAGUGCGGCCGCUCUGGCUCUGCAAUCCGCAAACGCUUUCAAGGACGCUUCGCCCUUCGUUCUCUACUCGACCAGCCACGCGCAGACACUUCAAGAGAGCAUUGAACACCAAAUCAAGGGCUGUCCCUCGGACACUUAUGUCGUCGUAUCGCAGCCCGGCGUAAACUCCAACGACUUGACACUCUCCAAAUCCACACCACAUCUGCGCCGCCGCCUUGAGGCCAAGGACAACAACGUCAAGUCUUUCUUUGCCGCCAAGAAUGUUGUGGGACAUGUUGAUGCUAGGGCCCUGGUAGCCUCAAUCAACCGCGAAUGCAACACUGCGAGCACAUUGCUAUUGAGCGGCGAAAAGAUUCCCACCAAGCCCUACGACGCCAUUCACGUCCAAUUCCCCACCCUGCCUACCGCCAACGACGAUCGUGAAUCCGCUCUGCUCCGAGCCGACUCGUACCUGAAUUCGCUGCUCGCAACUCUCGACUCUUACACUGUUCUUUAUGCCACUCUCGACAACCUCUCACCGAGUCAAUCCCAGCACCGUGAACAGUACGAGAUGGACGAGCCUUAUCCGUCAAACAUGCACACCGACUUGAAGCGUGACCUCGACGCCCACGUUUUCCGCGCUAGCAAUGCUUCAAACCCCCAAGCCGACCUGGCCUUGUUCGAGAAGUACCAGUUCCUCUCGCCAGGUACGUCUUCUCGCCUCAAAUAG